UUGCUUUUUCAGACGUAAACAACAAGGAAUAACUUAAUCAAAACGCAACCCUAUUUCUAUUUUUCCUUUUCAAUCUUUUCCUUAUAUGCAUUCAAGAGUUCGAUCAAGAAGAGACAAACUUACCAUGAACAGAUUAGUGAUAAUGGCUCCGGAAUCUCCUGUUUUUUUUCCGUCUCCGCUUGUUUUUUCUCCAACAUCGGUCAAAACGCCGUCGUCUUCACCACGUUCAACACCACAGAAGCUGACAAUGGUAGCGUGUCCUUCAAGGAAGGCCAAAGAGACGACUCCGUGUCCUGGCUCCGACACCGUGUUGAAAAGAAAAAGACCACCGAUGCUUGACCUAAAGUUGCCUCCGGUGGUUGCAUCGUGGUGUAGUACGACGGUGAAGACGCCGGAAAAAGCGGAUGAGGUUGUCGAAGUAGAAGAAGAUGGAUUAUACUCUGUUUAUUGCAAGAGAGGAAGACGUGGACCAACAGAAGAUCGGUACGUCGCGGCGGUUCCCGACGAAAGAGUACGUAAAAAGGCUUUCUUCGGCGUUUUCGACGGCCACGGCGGAUCCAAAGCGGCGGAGUUCGCGGCCAAGAAUAUCGGUAGCAACAUUGAGGCGGCGAUGGAGGCAGCGAGGUCGGGAGAAAGUGUUUACUCGGUUGAGAGAGCGAUAAGAGAGGGUUACAUAAAAACUGACGAGGACUUCUUGAAAGAAGGCUCGAGAGGCGGCGCGUGUUGCGUAACCGCUCUUAUAUCUGAAGGCGAGCUUGCGGUUUCGAAUGCCGGAGAUUGCCGGGCUGUUAUAAGCCGCGGUGGAGUUGCGGAAGCUCUUACUACCGAUCACAAUCCUGGUCAAGCAGAUGAGCUCAAAAGGAUUGAAGCAUUGGGUGGUUAUGUUGACUGCUGCAACGGCGUGUGGAGAAUUCAAGGAACAUUAGCCGUCUCACGAGGAAUUGGAGAUCGGUAUCUCAAGGAGUGGGUAAUAGCUGAACCAGAAACAAAAACAUUACGGAUUAAACCGGAAUUUGAGUUCUUGAUCUUAGCAUCUGACGGCCUUUGGGAUAAGGUAACGAACCAGGAGGCGGUUGAUGUAGUUCGACCAUACUGCGUAGAUGUGGAGAAUCCAAAGACACUCUCUGCUUGCCAGAAACUAGUCGAGCUAUCCGGUAAGAGAGGGUCCUUGGAUGAUAUUAGUCUGAUCAUAAUUCAGCUACAAAAGUUUGUGCCAUGAUUCAUUAAACGUAUCCUAGUAUUAAGCUAAACUUUGAUUAAAUUCGGUAGGUCUUAAGUUAUUGGAAAUUUUGUCGGUAAUUUACAUGUAAAUAUAAAUUUCAAACAUUAUUAACUAAUAUUAUUAUUAUUCCUGGGG